AUGAAAUAAACAUCAUAUUAAUAAAGUUAAGUUCCUACAGUAUUUAUAAUAAUUUUAUUUAUAAUAAUUAGAUUACAAGAGUUACAAUAAUGUGCAGUGAAGUGAAGUCCAAAUCAAGUGUCACUCCAUCACAAUAUUUUAGAGCAUUUAUUAAUUGCACUCAAACUGCGAUUUCCACACCCAAGGGAUGGCAUCAAAAUUUAUCAUAUUGUUCAUCAAAUUUUGAUGGCAUCGGCUGUUGGAACGCCGCACUGCCCGACAAUAUUAUGACAAUUUCGUGUCCCGAUUAUAUUCCCGGCUCUAAAGCGUUGAAUAACGCGACGAGAAAGUGUCUGUUAGACGGAAAAUGGGAGUUCAAUGACGGCAAAGAUGAGGCCGAUUAUAGUGAAUGCGAUUUCGAUGCAAACUUUCAGACUUUGGAUGAAAACCAAUUGAACGAAAUAUUUGAGGAAAUGGUUAAACUCGAUCCCUCGCCCUAUAGUGAUAUCAAUACGGCUCACGCUUUCGAGGAUUGUAUCGAUAGAGUGCUCGUCGGCCCGAAAACCCAAAGUAAGUCUUAA